AUGUGCUCUCGAUCGGUCCUGGUAUUCCGUCGCCAUGGAGCGGCAGGGCAUCGGAUGAUCUCCACUGCCGCGCAACAGGUCAGGCUCCCUCGAUCCUCUCCUCCUGGCGGCGACGAAUCCCUGGAGCUAGCACAGAAUGUAGUCUUUCCCGAGAGGAAAUUUCCCCUCUACAAGCGCCGCGCGACGCCCGAGAGCGAUCACUUCGUGAAUCUAGGUGCCGCGGUGAAGCAGCUGGAUUACAUGGUCGACUCCGGCGCCUAUACGUGCCUCCUCAAGCGCUGCUGCGGCCCCGCGGCGCUGGAAGAUGGGAGGAGAAUCCACGAGCACAUUGUCAGCCAUGGCCGCGGGGACGAUGUCUACCUCGGCAAUCUCCUCAUCCAGAUGUAUGGGCUGUGCAAGAGCGUGAGGGAGGCGAACAGGGUCUUCCGGCGGAUGAAGGAGAAGAAUGGCCACACUUGGAGCUUUCUCAUCGCGGCAAAUGCCGUGAAUGGGCAUUGUAAGAAGGCGCUGGAGAUCUACUACCGGAUGCUCCAGCACGGUGUGAGGCCCCAGGAGAGGACUUUCACGACGCUGGUGGCGGUGUGUGGGAGCUUUGACGCUGUUCCGCAGGGAAGGAUGAUACACUCGCAGAUCGAAGAGGUGGGCUAUGGUUCCUUGGUGGAGGUGGCGAACUCGCUCGUCAAGAUGUAUGGAAAGUUUCGGCUGCUGGACACCGCUGUUGUUGUCUUCGAGACCAUUCCUUGCAAGAACCUGACGAGCUACUCGGCUAUGGUGACGGCCUUUGCGAAGUGUGGGAGGCUGCGUGACGCGAUGCGUUGCUUCGACAGUAUGUGGAGAGCGGGCUGGGAGCCGAGCUUGAUUAUCUUCACGACUAUCCUCGGGGUUUGUGCGGAGCUUGGAGAGCUCGAGUACGGUCGUGAAGUGCACGGCAUGAUCGCAGAGGUAGGACUUUGCAACGUUCACAAUCUUAAGGUCUCACUGUUUGAUAUGUAUUCAAGGUGCGGGGAGCUUGAGGAAGCGAAGAAGAUCUUCGACAGCUUCCAGAGCAUUGGGCCGACUUCGGUAAACAAGAUGAUCGCGGCGCAUGCACUCAAAGGCCAGCACAAGCUCGCAGUGGAGGUAUUUAAUCGCUUCCGUGGUUUCUCGCAAGCAACCGAUGUGAAUACUUUUAUCAGCCUGCUUGGGACGUGUGAUAGCGUUACCAAGGCCAAGGAGGUGUACAAGAAACUGCGAGAGAGCGGGCUCAAAGAUACACUACGCUUUGAGAACUCACUUAUCAGCAGGCUUGGCAGGCUGGGAGCUGUUGCCUACGCACGAAAGCUGCUGGGAAAAAUGCCCAAGAGGAACGUUGUUUCGUGGAGCGCCAUGAUCGCAGCGUAUGUACAAAACGGCUACUCUGACGAAGCUCUGGUGGCUCUGCAAGAGAUGGAUCUGGAAGGCGUCAAGCCGAACAACAUCACUUUCACGAGCUUGGUGGAUGCCAUCGACGACGAGGCAAGCGCGCGAGCUAUGCAAAACCGGAUUUUUACGUCUGGGGAGGUUGAGGUGGACGACUUCCUCUACAACGCUGUCCUGAGGAUGUGCCUGAAGUUCCACUGCAUCGACGAGGCAAGAGACAUCUUCGAGAGCGCGAAGAACAAGGAUGUUGUUACUUGGACAACUAUGAUAGCCGCAGCCUCGGAAGACGGUCGUAGCCGGGAAGCAUUCUCGCUGUUCCGCCGGAUGGAACUCGAGGGAGUGAAGCCGACGUCUGUCACGUUCAUGAGCCUCCUCGACGCCUGCUCCAGCGCCACUUUGGAAGCUCUCCACGAACGCGUCGUAGCCGAAGGCCACACGCAUUCCAGCGCUCUACUUUGCACUGCUCUGGUAAAAGUCUACGGGAAGCACAACCAGCUGGAGAGAGCAAGAGGCCUCUUUGACGAAAUGGAGAGCAAAGACGUCGUCUCAUGGACAUCGAUGAUACGAGGCUACAUCGAGCAGGAACAGGGGAGCAAAGCUCUGUCUUUGUUCCGGCAGAUGGAGCUGGAAGGCGUGAAACCGAGCCAGAUCACUCUCGUCAGCAUGCUCGCCGCUUGCUCGCUGGAGAACUCCCUCCGCGAAGGCAGGAAGAUCCAAGCCCAGCUCCUGGCAGCCGGAGGCGAGCACAACCCCGUCGCUGGCAACGAGCUCGUCAACAUGUAUGGCCAGUGCGGGAGCCUGGACGAGGCGAGAAGCGUCUUUAACUCUCUCCGCGAGCGAGGAGUGGCGGCAUGGACGUCGAUGAUCGCGGCUUACUCCAAGUCCGGCCGCGGCAAAGAGGCCGUGAAGAUGCUGAGAUACAUGGGAAUGGAGGGCGUCAAACCAAACAGGAUGACGCUCUCGACGCUCCUCUCGGCUUGCGGACACUCAGGCCUCGCAAACGAUGCUUGGGAGUGUUUCAUCUUUGUCGAAAAGGAGUGUGGAGUGACGCUAACUUCCGAGCAGUAUGGCUCCAUGAUCGACGUCCUGGGACGAGCCGGAGAGAUGGAUCAAGCUCGAGUUCUUCUCAACAACAUGCCUUGCAAGGCCGACGCGAAGAUCUGGACGAAUUUUUUGGGAGCUUGCCGGAUCCACAAAAACUUGGAGCUGGGAGCUCAAGCCGCGGAAGCGCUGAUGAGGAUAGAGCCCGGGAAUCCCAGUCCGUACGUGCUUCUAGCGAGGAUGUACGGCGAGGCUGGGAAUAGAGACAAGGAAGUGGAGGUGCUGGCCACAAUGGAGUAUCGUGGGAUAAUUCCCUCCAAGGGUGUAAAGUAA